AGAGCACGGCAGUAGAGAAUAAACGAUCGGCAUAUGGGUACGUAAAACGUGAAACCUCGUCGUCAGUCUACAUAACAUCAACGUCUAAUCUAUAUACAUAAAACAUAAAACAUAAAACAUAAAACUAGGAAGCUUUAAGCCUCCAGCAACUCCAGUAAUAUCGCGUUGAGUGUCUUAGUCUUUCAGUCUUUCAGUCUUUCAGCCGUCAGACUAGUUUCAGUAGUCAGUACUGAGUACUCAGUAUAUACCCAGUCUAGGAAAAGAACAAGUGCUGGAACAUAGACAGCAAUAUAUACACAUAACAAGUAAUACAUAUAAAAGUUGACCCUUCUGUCGCUUUUGCACAGUCACCAUCGCCGCUGCUCAGUGCUACAUGAAAUUAAAUGUGCAUAACACUAGACCAGAACCAGAGCCAGUAUUAUCGCCAAUUAUCAUCCUCAUCGCAUUCAAUCACAUCCUAUAUAUCUUAUUACCCAAGUACAGCUGAAUAAAUUAAAUAACAGUCAGUGGUGCAGUGCGGUGCAAUAUUCCAAUAACAUUAUAAUAUAAUGUUUUAGUGUUAUUAUAAUCACGCGAAUUUAAUUAUACAUUAGUAAUUUAUUUAUCUGCUCGUAAACUUUAUUUUAAUAAUCAUUUAUCAUUUACUUUAAUAUUAAAAGUAUUUUAUUUUAUUUUUUUUUUAUGAAUAUGGAUUAUUUUUAAUCCCGGUGUUUUAUAUUUUAGAUUACUAAAUAUAUAUCCUGAAUGACAGACAAUAGAAUACAGUACAACGGUACCUAGACCAAGACUUCCCGGGCGUAGACCAUAUUUCAAAAAAAAAUUAUAGUUAUUACUUUUAUAUAUAGUUAGUCAGUUAAUAAAAAAAAAAAAACGUGAUUUUAAUAAUUAUUUAUGAUAUUGCUGAGGAUGAUCUGAUUGCUCAUCAUGACUGUAGAUUUUGCUGAUUAUUUUUGGGGUGAAAAGAAUAAUGGAUUCGACGUGUUGUAUCAUAAUAUGAAGCAUGGUGUGGUGGCAAGUAAAGAGCUUGCGGAUUUUCUGCGAGAGCGCUCGGCGAUCGAGGAGAAUAACUACAAAUUAUUGAGCAAAGUUGCCAAACAAGCGAGCAGUAGCAGCAGCAUACAGGGAACAUUUGCGCCAGUAUGGGCAGCCUUGCGUGGAGCUGCAGAAAAAUUGGCGAGUCUGCAUCUGCAGAUGGCCCAGCGGGUGUCGGAGCUGAUAAAAGAUGUUUCCAAGUACGCCGAUGAGCUCCACAAAAGACACAAAGCUGUGAAAGAGGAAGAGUCGUCGACCCUCGAGGUCGUUCAGAAUAUCCAGAGUAUCACGGUGACACUACAAAAAGCUAAGGACAUGUGUCAGCAAAAAGGGCUCGAAUUGGAGAAGUUGCGAAAGGAUAAUGCGAGCCAGCGGGAACUUGAAAAAGCUGAGGCUAAGUUUAAAAAAGCUCAAGAUGAUUAUAAAGUUCUUGUGGACAAAUAUACCAUUGUUAGAAAUGACUUUGAAACUAAAAUGUCUCAAGCCUGCAGGAGAUUUCAAGAUGUUGAAGAAACACAUUUGCGUCAAAUGAAAGAAUUUUUAAACACAUACGCUGAUGUUCUCCAAGCAAAUCACGAGCAAGUUGGUCAAGUUCACAUUGACUUUAAACGGCAGUGUCUUGAUAUGACGGUAGACAAACUAUUGGAACAAUUUGUCCAAUCUAAAUACACAGGAUUUGAACGACCAGGAGUGGUAGAGUACGACGAGGUGAUGACGAGCCUUGCUGAGAUGGCGAAUUCAACCCACCAACCGGAGAGCGGCAGUGCUGGUGGAAGCAUCGGAAGUGGUGGCGUAACUGCCGAUACCACGGGAACAACAGCAGCGAUAAAGGAGCCUCCGAGCUCCAAAAGCACCAACGGGGAAACAGGCGUUGCUGGUAACAAACAAAACAACAACACAACUAAGAAAAACCAAAGUCAGACGGCUAAGGUUGUGGUGGGUGAUUAUCACGGGGACAUUGCUAUAGAUUAUAAUCACGACAAGGAUAUUAAAGAUAAUAAAAAGUACAAGAUUAAGGAUAAAAAUACAGAUAAAGACGCUCCAACCAAAGGCUCUCGUCGUACCACCUCGCUUCUCAACCUGUUUAUGUCCAACUCCCAGGAGAGGCAGAGGCAAGCAGGUUCCGGUUCGGCACCUGUCACUCCUCAAGGUGACAAUCCACCUUCCAGCAUCUCCAGGAACCCUCUCAGAGGAUCUAAAUGGUUUCUAAGAAGCAGACGUGAAAAGCGAAAAGAAAAGAAAGCUAAGAAGAAAAAGGACUCUGUGGAUACUAACAGUAACAAGGAAGAAAAGUCAGACCUGUCAGUAUCUAAAUUAUCAGCAGUCCCAGUGCAACAAAUUAAAGAUGAGGAGAAAGAUGAGAGCAGAAAAUCAGAAACUCCAACGCCAGAGGUAGACGAAGAUGGAUACUGCAUUCGUCCGAAGCCAGAUCCUUGGGAGAAUGAAAAAGGAUUCUACUCGAGUUCCGAUACUGAGUCUGAUGAUGAGAGAGAACGUAAAAUUAGGGUGGAAAUAAAACCUUUAAGUAAUGGCGGGGCACCAAUGAGCGCCAGUGUCGAUGAGCUACGUGCUACUGUGGAAAAUCUUUCAUUGUCACCAGCUCCAACGGGUCGAAGAGGAUCAAACAAUGACUCAGAUCACCAUAUGAAACGUUCUCAGUCAGUAUCACAACAGCUAGGUGGAAAACCUAGCUCCGAUUUACUUGGUCUUAAUCUUUUUAAUCCAAGCAGUACGCCGUCCAGUGCAUCAACGCCCACGGCAAGUCAUCCUUACGCACCGUUGCAGAGUCCUCCUCCGCUUUCUACUUCACCAGUUCCGCAACCUGCGCCUCCACAGUCAGCGCCUCCCAUUCAAUCUCACACACGUUUUCCAGAAGGAGAUUUGUUCUCCGAAGUAGGUGACAUCACGCCAGCCUUGCCACCCAAGCAAUCGGCGUCAUCAACACCAACAGGCUCAAUAAUAAUACCAAGACCUCCAUCACGUCGCAGCGAAGGAGGUCCACGUGGGAGGAUGUCUCCAGCAACGAUAUCAAGAGCUGAUAGUGUUGCGAGUCUUGAAUUUCGCACUGCUGGAGUUGGAGUUGGAUCAUCUCGUGGCCCUUCGCCGCUUACCAUCGGGCUUGCUGAUACUAUUCCACUGGCUGUUGCUUUUCACGAGAUCGUUCAUUCGUACUUCCGCGGUACCGAUGAGACUCGCUGUCAGGUCAAGCUCAGUGGAGAUAUGAUGCUCUCAUUUCCUGCUGGUAUUGUUGCUGUACUUGCUAAUAAUCCGAGUCCAGCUAAACUGACUUUUAGAAUGAGAAAUACUAAUCGACUGGAACGACUCGUUCCUAAUACUCAACUUGUCAGCAUAGAUCCAAAACACACCACAACAGAAACGACAAUAUUUGAUUUUAAUAUGAGUGCCUUAACUACGUUAUUACGUCGUCAAGCUGAGCAAAAUCCCACAGCGUCGUAUUUCAAUGUCGAUAUUCUUAAAUAUCAAAUUAAGGCUAAAGAAGGCGCGGCAUCAUGUCCGUUUCAGAUUGUUGCCUACUGGAAAUGUGAACCGACACAUACUGACUUGAAGAUUGACUACAAAUACAACAGCCGUGCGAUGGCAUCCCCAAGCCCGCUACUAAAUCUUCAUGUAGCCGCACCGAUCGACGGGGGAUUCAAGAGUAUGCACAGUAAACCCUCCGCCCAAUGGCUACCAGACACAAAUCGUCUGCUCUGGAAGUUCACAGAGCUUUCACAGCACAGCGAGUCUAAUGGAGUGGGAUCGUUAAAAGCUCGAGUUGAAAUUGAUCGCGGUCCCGGCACUCAAGGAACUAUAUUCACGCAAUUUAAUUGCGAAGGCACAACUCUGUCGGGAGUUGAAUUCGAAUUAGUUGGCCCAGGAUAUAGAUUGAGUUUGGUCAAGCGUCGAUUCGUUUCCGGUAAAUACAUUUGCGAUGGCGACUCAGAUCCACGAUCACGAUACGCUGCGCCUCCUUCUGCUAGCAACUGACCCUCGCCUCAAUGGACCCCAAGAUCGGGUAAUUCACCAAUAUAGUAACAUCAGUAAUAAUUAAUAAAAAAUACCGAUAUUUAUUAUUUAAAUAUUUGCCUGUUUAUUCACUGCCGAUUAAUAAAAGUUUGUUUUUUCGGUAAUUAUUUGAUUAAAAUAACGAUUAAGGGAUUAAGGCCAUUGGAUACCAAAGAUAAUCGGUUUUUUAGGAUCUAAUUGGUCUCGUUGGUUUAAAAAUUAGUCGAAGGGCAUUUUUAUUAUGAAAAACUAGGAUCAAAAAUAAUUAUUGAUAUUAUCAUUUAAUAUUAAUUAAGAUUUAAUGUUUAACACCAAAGGCUAAAGCCGUAAAUGUUGAUUAUAAGUCAACUAUUACUAUUAUUAUUAUCAAUUAAUAUUAUUGAUAAUUAUGGUAUAUAUUAAGUGAGUGUAAAUAUCUUUAUUGCAUUGAAAAUUUGUUGUUUACGUAAUUGUUAAGGGAUUUAUUCGACAAUUUUUUUCCUUUUUUUAUUUAAUAAAUAAAUGGAAAAAAAAAAUUAAUAUUUG